AUUCCCCUGCCCCAGUUCUCGUACCUGGGGUCAAAUCGGCUGUAGUGAUUGACUCUCGGGGCACCCGAUGCCGGGUCCCAGUCCACCUUUGCUACUUUAUCCCGCUCUCAGCCUGCGGGCGCUAGGCUCAGGGGCGCGGCGCAUCCCUGACUCCGCCCUCACCGCGGGGGCCUCUGGGGCCUGGUUGCCGUGGCGACGGGCUGUACACUACCACAGUUUCCCAGGCCGCGGGUGCUGGUUGCCCGCCUGCCCGUGGGUCAUGGCCUGCCAGCAGUCGCGGUACCACAGCUUCUCGUCCGCGUCGAGAUUACAGCCACAACCUUCAGGAGUGACCAUAGAUGAAUCCUUUCUCAUAGAAAACAAGAGUACCCAGAAACGCAAGCUUCUUCAGAAACGAAGGACGCUGCCCACCAAAGGGAGAAGAUCCGGGCUCUGGAGCCCCUGAAGGCCAAGCUUGUCACUGUGAAUGAGGACUGCAAUGAGAGGAUCCUGGCCAUGAGAGCUGAGGAGAAACAUGAAAUCUCCCUGCUCAAGAAAGAGAAGAUGAAUUUACUAAAACUCAUCGACAAAAAGAAUGAGGAGAAGAUUUCACUGCAGAGUGAGGUGGCCAAACUGAGGAAGAACUUGGCUGAGGAGUACCUGCACUACCUCAGUGAGCGAGAUGCCCGUAAGAUACUCAUUGCAGACCUGAACGAGCUGCGGUACCAGCGGGAGGACAUGUCAUUAGCCCAGUCCCCAGGCAUCUGGGGGGAGGACCCUGUGAAGUUAACCCUGGCUCUUAAGAUGACCCGGCAAGACCUGACCCGCACACAGAUGGAACUCAACACCAUGAAGGCCAACUUUGGAGAUGUAGUCCCUAGGAGGGACUUUGAAAUGCAGGAGAAGACCAACAAGGAUCUUCAGGAGCAGGUGCUGAGGCAGGCAGGGCCAGGAGGGUAGGAUGGGGUCUCACAGGUGGGGGGCCAGGGCCAAUGUCUUUGCCCACAGCUGGACACCCUGAGAGCCAGCUAUGAGGAGGUUCACAAGGAGCAUGAGAUCCUGAUGCAGCUGCACAUGAGCACGCUGAAGGAGCGGGACCAGUUCUUCUCUGAGCUACAGGAGAUCCAGCGCACUUCCACGCCAAGGCCUGACUGGACCAAAUGCGAAGAUGUGGUGGCUGGGGGCCCAGAGCGCUGGCAGAUGCUGGCUGAGGGCAAGAACAGCGACCAGCUGGUGGACGUGCUCCUGGAAGAGAUUGGCUCGGGGCUGCUGCGGGAGAAAGAAUUCUUCCCUGGUCUGGGUUAUGGGGAAGCCAUCCCUGCUUUUCUUCGGUUUGAAGGCCUCGUGGAGAACAAGAAGCCAAGCAAGAAGGAUGUAGUCGACCUCCUCAAGGAUGCCUGGAAGGAACGUCUUGCUGAGGAGCAGAAAGAGACAUUCCCAGACUUCUUCUUCAAUUUCCUGGAGCGUCGCUUUGGGCCCAGUGAUGCCAUGGCCUGGGCUUACACUAUUUUUGAAAAUAUCAAGAUCUUCCACUCCAAUGAGGUUAUGAGUCAGUUCUAUGCAGUCCUGAUGGGAAAGCGGAGUGAGAAUGUGUAUGUCACCCAGAAGGAGACAGUAGCCCAGCUGCUGAAGGAGAUGACAAAUGCCGACAGUCAGAAUGAGGGGCUACUAACCAUGGAGCAGUUCAACACUGUCCUCAAGAGUACCUUCCCUCUCAAGACAGAAGAGCAAAUCCAGGAGCUGAUGGAGGCAGGAGGCUGGCAUCCCAGCAGCAGCAAUGCAGACUUGCUCAACUACCGCUCACUGUUUAUGGAGGAUGAAGAGGGCCAGAGUGAGCCCUUUGUGCAAAAGCUCUGGGAACAAUACAUGGAUGAGAAGGAUGAGUACCUACAGCAGCUAAAGCAGGAGCUGGGCACAGAACUCUAUGAGGAGGUGACUCUGCCCAAGCUGCGAGGGGCCCUGAUGACCAUCGACCCCAGCCUGGACAAGCAGACUGUGAACACCUACAUGAGCCAGGCCUUCCAGCUCCCUGUGUCAGAACUGCCAGAGGACAGUGACGAGAAGGAAGAAGGCGUGGUGGAAAUCCUCCAGACUGCCCUGGAGCGGCUUCAAGUGAUUGACAUCAGGCGUGUGGGACCUCGAGAGCCAGAGCCUGCAAACUAGGAGCCUGUGGGCAGCCUGCGUGCUCGUCCUGCUAACCCCUAGCUUUUAGUAUAAAAACGUUUGUCUAAACCCA